UAUGUUGAUUACAUUUUUAAAGCCUUUUGACUACCUGUAAACGAACACCGUUAUUGGACCCCUUGAAUAAAAUCAGUUGAAUGAUUGUUAGCGUAACAGACCAAGUGUGUUUUAUUUCUGAGUAGCGAAACAUGGUGUCAGAAGUGGGGUAAUCAGCCAAAUAAUUCUAUUUUGAGCUGAUUCGUUCGAACAGUAAUCGAAAAGUCAUCGGUUUUUAAGUUCGUCGUCGUAGUUGCGCCGCGAGUUACGCGUAAAUAUCGCGGUUCGUAGUUCGCAAGGAAGGCCUCAUCAAGAUGGCGGAAGAAAUUGCUCAGCUGCUAAAGCAGCAGAAUCAAAUUUUCGCGUAUUGGGCAGAGCGAGUCGGAAACUUCCAGAUUACCAUCCCGAACCCAGCGUCACCUGCACACCUAACCUCACAAUCGGUGCCGCUCCCUCCACCACUGUGUUUAGAAGGAGACAUGGAGGAGAACUAUACUUUCUUCGAAUCCAAUUGGAAAAACUAUGCAGUCGCCGUCGGCAUGAAUGACUGGCCCGAAAGUGAAAACAAGAAAAAAGUCAGUUUCCUAUUGUCGGUUGUUGGGACAGAUGCACUGAAGCGCUACUUCAAUUUUGAGCUCAACGAGCAGCAGAAAGCAUCUCCGGAGGCUGUAUUAGAUGCAAUCAAGGCGAAGGUGGUGCCAGUUCGGAACAUUAUUGUUGAUCGCCUUGAAUUUUUCUCCGUGAUCCAGAUUCCGACAGAAACAAUCGACGAGUAUGUGAGCCGUUUGAAGUUGCUAGGAAAACCGUGUCGCUUUGGUGCAUUGGAACAGGAUAUGAUGGUGUUCAAAAUAGUUACUUCGAACAAGUGGCCCAAUCUGAAGGCGAAAAUGCUCACCAUUCCAGAUGUGAACCUGCCGAAAGCCAUCGACCUUUGCAGGAUGGAAGAAAUAACGGCCCGUCAUUCAAAGCAGCUGUCUUUGGAACCAUCAAUGGAUGUCAACAAAGUGACCGAUCAAGUUUGCAAGUUUUGCGGCGGUCGGCAUCCUUUCAAGCGAGGAGCGUGUCCGGCCUUUGGAAAACGCUGCGAUAAGUGUGGUGGAAAGAAUCAUUUUCAACGAGUCUGCAAAUCGAGUGGAUCAUCGGGAAAUCUGAAGCCAGGAAGAAGGGUGAAAGCGGUUGUCACAUCGGAUGCAAGAACCAGUUGUGCUCCUGGUGACGAAGAAGAGGACAUCUGGAUUCAAGAAGAAGAAGAGACAGUGAUUGGGAAAAUCACAGACAAUUCAGCCACAGGUGGCGCGGUUUUGGCUGAGCUGUCACUGAAGUUCGGUAACGAGUGGAAACCUGUUGGUUGUGAGCUGGACACGGGUGCCCGUGCGAGUAUUAUUGGAAUCGACUGGCUAAGAAAGUUGUCGGGAAAAGCAGUGCCGAAGUUAAAACCGCCCAAGUGUCGUUUGCGAGCCUUCAACGGUACGUCGAUCGAAGUUCUGGGGAAAAUUGAAGUGUCUUGCCAGCAUAAGGGUCGUCGGUACACGAUGGUCUUUCAAGUAGUAAACAUGAAUCAUCCGCCGUUACUAUCAGUAGCAGUCUGUACCACCCUGGGACUGGUAAAAUUUUGCAACACCGUUUAUCGUGACUCAGCUACGCUCCAGGUGCUGGAUAAAUACCGUGAAGAAGCCAGGAACAUCGUACGCAGGUAUCAGGAUGUGUUCGAAGGAUACGGGAAAAUGGAGGGCCCCGUCACGUUGGAGAUUGACCAAGAAGUGAAGCCAGUAAUUCAGACACCCCGUCGUAUCCCGAUUGCCUUCAGAGAGGAUUUCCGGCGCAAGAUAAAUCAGCUGGCCCAAGACGGUAUCAUUCAAAAGGAAUCUCAACACACCGAAUGGAAACAUCAGAAUUCGAAGACCCUCCGCGGAACAGGUCCGUGGUAGAAACGUCGGAGAAUGUCGAUACAAGCUUUGGAGACGCAGACAUCGACGUUCCUUCAUCGAGACGAAAAGCUUGUAGAUCACCUGUCAUCGAACGGACUCCGCGACCCAAGAGAGAAGUUAAAAUUCCUACUAAGUUUAAAGAUUAUGUAAUGUGAUAGUUAAUUUUCUUUUGUUUGGAAAAAAGGGAAGAUGUUGUUAUGUUGAUUACAUUUUUAAAGCCUUUUGACUACCUGUAAACGAACACCGUUAUUGGACCCCUUGAAUAAAAUCAGUUGAAUGAUUGUUAGCGUAACAGACCAAGUGUGUUUUAUU